UGCGACCGCUGUAAUGGACGUUUCAUCCGAAGCCAAAUCGAAACCACUUUCAACUCUGUCUGUGUUCAGCUUUAUUCCACCCAGAAGGACUGAACCAAAGGAAAUGCGAUAUUUUAACUGUAGCACUAAGGCCCCAGAGAGGUCUCUGUAUGAUUGCUUGCAUCAGAGCACUGAGGGCUUUGAUAACAAACUCCACCGGGAUGAUAGAAAGCAUGCUAAAGCCAGAGGCCUGGACAUCUUCAGUGAGGAAUCCUCCAGACCAGCACCCGUUCUGUGCUCAUCCAUGUACGGCCGAUUUUCACCACUUCAUUAUGAUUCGAGCAGGAGCUUUGCUCGUGUUGCUCACAUUCGUUCUGAUUUCUACAAUAAGAAUGGGAUCACCUGGAGCGUGGAGGAAGGCUAUGGAUCUGUGACACCCGUCUAAAUGUGUCUGUUACAUACAGCGCACAUUAUGUCUGUACUGG